AUGAGCAUCAACACAGGCCCGAUCGGAGCGGCGCCACCACCGUACGGGGAGACGCCCAAUUUCGACAAUCCGCGCGACGCCGGGCACAUGCUCCACAUCGUUUAUAUGACUCUCAUUCAGAUCGUUGUCGUGGUUUUCUUCGCCUUGAGGAUCUACGUAAAGCUGUUAGUGAAUGGAAAGUUUCGGCUGGAAGAUUGGAGCUGUUUAGUUGGAUGGAUCUUCACCGUAGUCUUGAACACGACUAUUUUCAUCAAACUCCACUACGGCGAAGGAUUCCAUAUUUGGGAAAUUACUGCCAGCAACUUCGCCGAGCUCCAGAAGUGGUUGUAUAUCAGCUCCCUCUUGUACUCGCCAGCAGCUUUCUUCACCAAGACGGCACUCCUUCUUCUCACCCUCCGCGUGUUUUCCGUCGACAGGAAUGUUGCCCGGGUGCUUCACGCUCUUUUGGCAUUCUUUCUCCUGUGCUAUAUCCCGGCACAAGUCGCAAAGGCCGUCGUUUGUAUUCCGGUACAGGCAUUUUGGGAUACGACUACUGUCAACUUCAAGUGCAUCGAUCAGACUAAACUUUUCUUGUAUGAUGGUUCCAUCUCGAUCGUGUCGGAUUUGGUAAUCUUGGUUGUUCCCAUCCCCCUGACAUGGACGCUGCGGGUGUCGUUUGCCAGGAAAGUGAAGGUGGUGGCACUUCUGGGCGCGGGCGGCGUAGCAUUUGCCGUGACGGUCUAUCGUGUAUACCUCACCACGAAGUUUGGCGAGACAAAAGACCCGACUGCAGAUUUCAUUCCUCUUGACUGGACGGUGACCGGAGAGCUCGCUAUUGGCCUGGUUUGCGCCUGCUUUCCUUCGAUCAACCAUCUCCUCGAGCGGCGCACCGCGACGAGAAUCUCAUCUAACUCCUCCACAGCACGGCUCUCUUGGUGGAGAAAAGUUUCGAAAGACUGCCUCGAUUCUCUGUCGUCUUGGGGCAUGAAUCGCCGGUCCAAGCUAGCGGCGGGCAACAGGACAAGACUGCAAAACACGACAGCGGACUCGAAUGCGAGGCUUGCUUCGACACCUGGAAGUACCCCAGGCACAGAGAGAGAUGAGCCGCAGCAGUCGGACUAUGAUAUUGAACUCGCUGUGAUUUCGAUGCCGCAAAGUGAGCCUCAUCCGGGAGACUUGGUAACGACGAGGGUGGACCGCCACAACAACGACCUGUUGAACCCUCUACCUGUCAUUCGACGUAGUAGUCCUUUCAGAAUCGAAGGUCCGUCUUGA